CCGUUUUUCCCAAAGCCCGACGCGGACGUCAUUCCUCGCUCUUCAAAUGGUGUCGAAUUCCGCGUCCACAAGGCCAUCCUCUCCGAAGCGUCGCCGGUAUUCGAGAGCAUGCUCACGCCCCCCCAACCAUCCGCGACGCCCUCAAAUCCCUCCAUCUCCGGAUCACAAGCGACCGCCCCCGCAGAGCUCCCGGUGGUCGACAUGUCCGAUCCAAGCGAGGUCCUGGAUCGGCUACUCCGGCUUUGCUACCCUCCCUCGGAGGACCCGGACCCAGCCCCUCCAUCGCCACGGGAGAUAGCGCGUCUCAUCCAAACCGCGAGGAAGUACGACAUG